ACUUCAAGUUAAUGAAAGUAAUGGAUUGUGAAGGUGCUCCAAUUGAUUACAUUCCUAAAGAAGUGGGAAACCUUUUCCAUCUAAGAUAUUUAAGCCUAAGAGAUACAAAAGUGCAAACCCUUCCAAAGUCCAUAGGUAAAUUGCACAACCUAAAGACAUUGGAUUUGAAAGGUUCACUUGUGUCUGAGCUACCACUGGAGAUCAGUCGGCUGCAUAAACUACAAUAUCUUGCGGCAUACAUUGAAAACAAUUAUAUUGUAUACAAUAUUGCUCAUCGAUGUGCAGUAAAGAUACCAAGUGGCAUUGGGUGUUUACAAUCUUUACAGAAGCUUCAUAAAGUGGAAGCCAAUAGUGAUGCCCUUAUUGCAGAAUUGGGAAGGUUAAGACAAUUGAGGAAGUUGCAUAUCUUUGACAUAAAGGCAGAAAAUGGGAUAGCUUUGUGUACUAUGCUAGAGAAAAUGAUCAACCUUCAAUCACCGAGAAUCAGUGCAAAAAGUGAAGAAAAGGUUCUUGAAUUCCAAUCAAUGUCUUCUCCUCUGCCCCUCCUUCGAACUCUCUUCCUAUAUGGGAGACUAGAAAAGUUACCAGAAUGGAUUCCCAAACUCAAUUUUAUGGUUAAAAUGGGUUUACUUUGGUCAAGAUUAAUGGAUGAUCCAUUAAAAGUCCUUCAAACACUUCCUAAUUUGAUGUAUCUUCGGCUUUAUGAUGGAUAUGAAGGUGAGCAAUUACAUAUUGAGAGAGGAGGCUUCCAAAACUUGAUGUUUCUAGGGCUUGAAAACUUGGGAGGAUUGAAUAGGUUGAUAAUAGACAAAGGUGCCCUACCUCUUCUUGAAUCACUUCGAAUUGGACCUUGCCCACAACUAAAGGAGGUGCCCAAUGGUACAUCAUUAAAAUGUCAAGAGAAUUCAUGCUUAGUUUGUAACCAAACAAAGGCCCCGAUUUUGGGAAAGUCAAGCAUAUUCCCUCUGUUGAGUUUUGGAAUAGGGUUCAAGGGGAAAUUUUCCAUGGACAUGACAUUGGCAAUAUAGAUUUGUUGGAGCGUCCCUUAGUGCCAUCAUGAAAUUACAAUUACGCCCAACCCGCUUGUCUAUUAGAGAAUUACAUUUAUAUUAUUUCCAAAGCUUUUCAUACUUGCAAUUAAAUAUUUUUUUUAACCUUUUGAUACACGUAAUGAACAGUUUAGUUAAAAGAAAACAACCCAUAUUAGUACUGUAAUAUUUCUGUCCACCCUUUUUUCCUCUUUCUCAUACUAUUGUUCUGACAUUUUGUUCUGUUAGAGAACCGUGGUUAUAUACUUACAUUAGGUAUGAGGAUUUUUAUUUGGCUCAAUGAAAUGGUGGAACAUACUGAUGUGGUGAAUGUCGAUGGAUAUAUGUAAAUGGAAAUUCAAAUUGAUUGACAUAGGCUAAAGGAUUGACCUCUUAAGAAACUACUUACAAGGUGUUUGUCAAAAUGUCUGACAGAAAGAUUUUUGUGACAUGAGGGAUUUGAAAGUGUAUUUCUGGGAUUAAAUUUGCAAUAUCUUUUCUGGUUUAGUUGGAGAGGCUUAAGUUUUUGUUUUUGUACCUCUUGCUAGAGUAACAUUCUUCCUCUAUCCUCAUGCUAUCUGCUUCAGAAGCCUCAUGCUUUCCUGCUGCUCACACCAAAGCCUUCCAUGGCCACUUCAAAUUACCUUACCUACUACUCACUCCAAAAACUUCUGCCAAGCCCAUCUCUAUACUCUAGAGGGUCGAAUUCUCUGCCACUUCAUCGUUCAAGUUGCUCUUACUGCCUCUCAAGCCUAGCCCAAGGGAGUAAUGACAUUAUGAAUGUUGUCAAUUAUCAUUAACUGAGUGAAUUUUUAUUCAUUAUAGCUAUUAAAUCUACUACUUCACAGUGGAAUUUGAAUUCAAAUUAUAUUUGUGGAUAGUCAUAUGAAUUUGGUGAUGGUGCACUUUUGCUAAGCAUUUCUUUAGUGGUUGUUUUGAUUUUAUUUUAAUGAAUAGUAAAAUGCAUUUGGGAGAAUGUAAUUAGUAUCCAAGACUAGGGUGCUUAAGUAUGAUUAAAUAAUUCCUCUAUAUGAAGCCUUUUAGAAAAGCUUCAUUUUUAUUUCCCCAAAAGUCUCUUAGGAGAUCAGAUAAGGCUUUAGUGGGUCUUUCAUGUGUUUUUCAUGAUGCGGUUGCGGGCAUUUGUUGUUCUUUCAUGGUUGAACCAAUGUUUUUAUAUAUGACUCAUUGUUGUGACAUUGAGCUGCAAUGACUUUAUAUUUAUGAUACUAAAACUGAACUUUUUUGUAUUUCAAUGUCCUCCCCCAUUUGUGUAUUACAUUAUGAAUGACCUCUUUGUAUUUCAAAGUACACUGAACGAUAUAAAUGUUUUGUUCCAUAAUUUUGUCAAAUACAACACUUAUUCUUAACUAUAAAUGUAUAUAUAUUUUGAGUGAAUUGUCAACCUUAAGGAUAUGUUCUUGAUUCUUUGGAAAAAGCAGAUAAUACUCAUUUGAUUCACAAUGUUACGAACUUGAAGUUUCUUUACCUUGGGGUCUUUUGCAUCAUCAAGUUUUACUUUAUUGAUAUGCAAAAUAUAAUGUCAGUAUUGUGAGCUUGAACAUACUUUGAUGCUUUUUCAGGUCACACAUACCCCGUUAGACAUUGGAUUCAAACAGAUUGCAUAUAGUAUGAAGAGCAUCCACUCAAAUGGUUCCAAAAAAAGAAGAGGAUAGAAUCAUUGGUUGCCUGCUGCUAUCAAAAGUUAUGUAAGACAUUUGACCCAUAAAGCUUAGUUCCCUUGCUACAAUCAUCAAAGUCCACGUCUAAAAGGAUUGUCAAGUGCCAGAUCAAGCACUGUACUUGCUGUUUUUAGUUGAUCAGCCAUAUCAACAGUGGUUGAUUCUCUCCUGCAUAGCUGCCUUCGUUACUGUAAAGCUGUAAUAAUGUUUUAAUUUCACUGUAUCAAGCAUAUAAACCUGUUGUAAACAUGAUAUGUAAACGGGUGAUGUUUUACUUAAAUUGUAUUUAAUAUUUAGUGUGAUUAAGUAUGGCAUGUAUUUUACUGAUAUAUUUGCAUUUAAUGGUUU